AUGUCUUCGACGACGACUGCUAUUGUUGCCGAUGAUGAUGUUCAACGGACACUACUCUUUUGUUUCAUGUUCUCAAUCCUUGCCUUGGCAACUCAUAUCCUAGCAAAUGUUACGGAAGCAGCCAAGAUGGUCGAUGGCAACGAUCUCGCACCUUCAAAUAAGGUCCGUCAAAUAAGGAUAGCCGGCGAUUUGAUGUUGGGAGGUGUUUUCCCAGUUCAUACAAAAUCACAAAAUCCUGACGAACCUUGUGGAGAAAUUGCCGAGACGAGAGGUGUCCAUCGAGUAGAAGCUAUGUUAUACGCUUUAGAUCGAAUAAAUGCUCAGAAAGAUUUUUUACGCGGGUAUAAAUUGGGAGCUUUAAUACUGGAUUCUUGUUCAAAUCCAGCAUAUGCUCUUAAUCAAAGCUUAGAAUUUGUUCGUGAUAUGAUUGGUUCAUCGGAUGCUUCGGAUUACGUAUGUAGUGAUGGAAGUGAUCCUCUUACAAGAAGUGCUAGUAAGAAAAAGAAUGUUGUUGCUGUAGUUGGUGCCAGCUACAGUUCCGUCACUGUACAGGUAGCAAAUUUACUUCGAUUAUUUCGUAUAGUACAAGUUAGUCCAGCUAGCACUAACGCUGAUCUCUCCGAUAAAAGUCGUUUUGAAUAUUUUGCCAGAACAGUACCAUCGGAUGAUUAUCAAGCGAUGGCGAUGGUAGAAAUUGCUGUACGAUUUAAAUGGACGUAUGUGUCUCUCGUUUAUUCCGCGGAUGAAUAUGGAGAACUAGGAGCGGAUGCGUUUAAAAAGGAGGCUCGAAAAAAAGGAAUUUGUAUAGCAAUUGAGGAACGUAUACAGAAUAAAAAGGAAAGUUUUGUGGAAUCGAUAGAUAAUCUUGUAAAAAAGUUACAACCGGAUAAAAAAGUUGGUGCUCGAGUUGUCGUACUAUUUGUUGGGACUGAAUAUGUUCCGGAACUACUAAAACAUACAGCUGAACGAAUGAAACUUUCGGCAGGAUACAGUAAAAAAGAAGAUUAUAUGGUAAGGUCCCAUCUGUUUGGAAGGUUAGCAUCCGAAAGUUGGGAUCGAAAUAACGAAAAAUAUAUGAUUGGACAUAAUAGAUUAGCUGCACAAGGUGCUCUUGUUUUGAUGUUGGCCUCACAGAAAGUGCCUUCAUUUGACGAGUAUCUACUAUCUCUACAUCCGGGAUCGGAAAAAUUUGAACGAAAUAAAUGGUUACGCGAAUUGUGGAUAUCUAAAUACAAAUGUAGCUUUGAUCUACCUCCAGAAUCUACAGAGAAUCGAUGUGAGGACGCUCGACAAACUAGUGAGAAUUUUCAUGCGGAUGAUAAGGUUCAAUUUGUAAUCGAUGCUGUCUAUGCGAUCGCCCACGCACUGCAGGCAAUGAAGAGUACGGUUUGUCCAGACGAUGUGAUUGAAACAUCCUGGAUAUCACGAUACUCGAAAAAGCCUGACAUUUGUCAUGCAAUGCAAAGUAUUGAUGGUGACGAAUUCUAUCAGAAAUAUUUAUUAAAAGUUCAAUUUGAAGACAUUGUGGGGAAAGAUUUUCGAUUUUCACCGCAAGGUGAUGGACCAGCUAGUUACACUAUAUUGACCUACAGGCCGAAAUCAUUAGAUAAAAAACGUCGCGUGUCCGAAGACGAUGACGAUCCCAGUGAUGGAUCGGAUUACGUUGAAAUUGGUCAUUGGUCUGGCAACGUCCGUCAAAUAAGGGAUAGCCGGCGAUUUGAUGUUGGGAGGUGUUUUCCAGUUCAUACAAAAUCACAAAAUCCUGACGAACCUCGUGGAGAAAUUGCCGGAGACGAGAGGUGUCCAUCGAGAGCUUUAAUACUGGAUUCUUGUUCAAAUCCAGCAUAUGCUCUUAAUCAAAGCUUAGAAUUUGUUCGUGAUAUGAUUGGUUCAUCGGAUGCUUCGGAUUACGUAUGUAGAACAGUACCAUCGGAUGAUUAUCAAGCGAUGGCGAUGGUAGAAAUUGCUGUACGAUUUAAAUGGACGUAUGUGUCUCUCGUUUAUUCCGCGGAUGAAUAUGGAGAACUAGGAGCGGAUGCGUUUAAAAAGGAGGCUCGAAAAAAAGGAAUUUGUAUAGCAAUUGAGGAACGUAUACAGAAUAAAAAGGAAAGUUUUGUGGAAUCGAUAGAUAAUCUUGUAAAAAAGUUACAACCGGAUAAAAAAGUUGGUGCUCGAGUUGUCGUACUAUUUGUUGGGACUGAAUAUGUUCCGGAACUACUAAAACAUACAGCUGAACGAAUGAAACUUUCGGCAGGAUACAGUAAAAAGAAGAUUAUAUGGUUAGCAUCCGAAAGUUGGGAUCGAAAUAACGAAAAAUAUAUGAUUGGACAUAAUAGAUUAGCUGCACAAGGUGCUCUUGUUUUGAUGUUGGCCUCACAGAAAGUGCCUUCAUUUGACGAGUAUCUACUAUCUCUACAUCCGGGAUCGGAAAAAUUUGAACGAAAUAAAUGGUUACGCGAAUUGUGGAUAUCUAAAUACAAAUGUAGCUUUGAUCUACCUCCAGAAUCUACAGAGAAUCGAUGUGAGGACGCUCGACAAACUAGUGAGAAUUUUCAUGCGGAUGAUAAGGUUCAAUUUGUAAUCGAUGCUGUCUAUGCGAUCGCCCACGCACUGCAGGCAAUGAAGAGUACGGUUUGUCCAGACGAUGUGAUUGAAACAUCCUGGAUAUCACGAUACUCGAAAAAGCCUGACAUUUGUCAUGCAAUGCAAAGUAUUGAUGGUGACGAAUUCUAUCAGAAAUAUUUAUUAAAAGUUCAAUUUGAAGACAUUGUGGGGAAAGAUUUUCGAUUUUCACCGCAAGGUGAUGGACCAGCUAGUUACACUAUAUUGACCUACAGGCCGAAAUCAUUAGAUAAAAAACGUCGCGUGUCCGAAGACGAUGACGAUCCCAGUGAUGGAUCGGAUUACGUUGAAAUUGGUCAUUGGUCUGAAAACAACCUUACAAUUUACGAAGAUGAACUAUGGUGGGGAAAAGAUCAAGUUCCUUUUUCACAGUGUUCACUGGAAUGUCGUACCGGAUACAGAAAACAGCUAAUAAAGGAUGAACAAUGCUGUUGGGCUUGUAGCAAAUGCGAGGAUUACGAAUUUUUAAUAAACGAAACUCAUUGUGUGGCUUGUGAACUUGGAUGGUGGCCAACGGAGGAUCGUAAAGGAUGUUAUGAUCUAUCGAUCACACAUUUAAGACAUAUGAGAUGGAGUUCACUUUAUUCAAUUGUUCCUGCUGUAUUUGCUGUAAUUGGUAUUAUUGCUACAUUAUUCGUCAUUGUCAUUUAUAUAAUGUACAAUGAGACACCAGUGGUAAAAGCAUCAGGUCGAGAAUUAAGCUAUUUGCUUUUGAUAUCAAUGAUUAUGUGCUAUGCAAUGACAUUCGUGCUACUUUCACGACCGAAUACGGUAGUUUGUGCAAUUAAACGUACAGGUAUUGGAUUCGCAUUUUCUUGCCUGUAUGCAGCAAUGUUAGUGAAAACGAAUCGAAUUGCAAGGAUAUUUUCCCAGGCAAGCCUCUCUGCACAACGUCCACUCUUCAUAUCACCAUUGUCACAGGUUGUCAUGACAAGCAUGCUUGCUGGUGUUCAAUUGAUCGGCAGUAUAAUAUGGUUAUUCGUUGUUCCACCCGGAUCACGACAUGACUAUCCUACACGUGACCAGGUGGUUUUAACCUGUAACGUUCCGGAUCAUCAUUUCUUGUAUUCACUUGCAUACGAUGGAAUUCUUAUCAUAGCCUGUACAGUAUACGCUGUUAAAACCAGGAAGAUUCAAACCACCUCGUUAUGUAUUUCGAUCUCGAUGUCAGCAAAUGUUGCUUUGGUCUGUAUAUUUUCACCAAAAUUAUGGAUAAUCCUAUUUGAGAAGCACAAAAAUGUACGAAAACAAGAAGGAGAAAAUAUGCUUAAUAAGCGUUCACUUGGGAAUUGUGGAUCACGUUUGUAUGGAUCGACAACAGAGGAACCAAAUCAGUAUACUGCCCUACUCGGAGGUGAUCGUAAACAAUCGUCACGAAAAUUCUCACAUCCCACAAGCACUACGAGUUCAGCCCAUGACACAUUCCUUUAA